CGGUGCAGUCAGCCUGCUUGCGGCGCCUCCAGCCAGCGCCGAGUGGAGCCUGUCUGCCAGCAGCCUCAGCAGCGGCUCGAUCUGGAUCCCAGCGCGCUGACAAUUAAAAAAAAAAAGAAAAAAAAAGGAGGCCCCCUUUUUCCUUAUUCCCGCGGAUUACCGUUCAACCAUGGGCGACAAAAAGAGCCCGACCAGGCCGAAAAGACAAGCCAAACAGACCGCGGACGACGGCUACUGGGACUGUAGCGUCUGCACCUUUAGGAACACAGCCGAGGCUUUUAAAUGCAGCAUCUGCGAUGUGAGGAAGGGCACAUCAACAAGGAAACCCAGGAUCAACUCCCAGCUGGUCGCCCAGCAGGUGGCGCAGCAGUACCCCAUGCCGCCGCCGCCCAAAAAGGAGCGACGGGAGCGGAGCGAGCGCACGGACCGGGAGCGGCCAGACGGGGAAGGUGAGCCCGCCAACGUGGAGGGUCGUCCGGAGGUUGAGCGCCCGGAGAUCGUGAGGCCCGAAGUAGACACGCCCGAGAAGGACAGCAGUGACAAAGAACAGCCGGCACAGGACAAAGCGGACAGAGAGAAAGACAUCAGCCCGGCCAUCACAAAGAAGCCCAGCAUCAAAAAGAGCAGACCCAAGUCAGACACCCACCAGAGUCCGCCGAGCGACAAGCAAAGCAUACAGUCUGGCAAGUCCGUAACCAAAACCAACAAGAAUAAUCACAUUUCCAGGCCUAAACUGAAAAACAUCGACCGGAGCACAGCCCAGCAGCUGGCCAUCACCGUGGGCAACGUGACGGUGAUCAUCACAGACUUUAAGGAGAAAAGCCGCUCCUCGUCCACGUCCUCGUCCACCAUCACGUCGAGCGCGGGCUCCGAACAGCAGCACCAGAGCUCCGGCUCCGAGAGUAUGGACAAGGGCUCGUCGCGUGCCUCCACGCCCAAAGGGGAUCUCUCUGUGGGACACGACGAGUCCUUCUGAAGACCCCACACACCUCCCACCACCACCACACUUCUCCCUUUUCCUUCCCCACUUUGUUUCUGGACACUACGGAUCCCAGAAGGGGAGAGACUUCCUCUCCACCCCAUGACCACCCUGGAUGCCGGGAGGACACCCAAACUCCGCCGGUGGACGAGGACAAGCAGAGUCCACGCCUGGGGUCCGGACACUUGUACGUAUUGUUUUAUAUUUCAACGUGGACAAUCUUUGUUUUGUUUUUCUCAAGAACUAUUUCCCGCCGGGCACAAUAACCACCAUCUUCUUCUUCCCCUUAUUUAUUACCUCGUUGCACCUCUUUGAUCAUUUCCUCUUCUUUUUUUUUUUUUUUUUUAUGUCGAAGCUUUGCUGCGUCGCUCUGCCGAUCGAUUUUAGUUUUUUCGAUAGCAGUUGGAAAACGUUGCCACACACAAACACACAAAGGUGCUAGAUACACUGUGAAAGGUUUGCAGAUCGCUCCACGUGACGACGACCAAAGCCGUCGCACCUUUUUCCGCCACCGCCGGGUCCUUGCUGGUGAUGGCGCGUCUCACCCUAAGUCCGACUUUCCACCACAUUGUCUAUAAUCCUAUACAGUAUUGUGUGUCCUUAACUGUACAGUGUAGGCUGUUGUGUAAAACACUAAAAAGCUCUCGAUAUUUUUCCCCUCCAUUCCGUAUUGAAGACUUUGUCCGGCCAAAAGUCGGGGGGGGGGUUUAUCUCGAAGGACGCUCGCACGCUGUCCCGCUUGGUGAAACCAUACGGAGCAGCCGUUUCAUUUCUGUGGUAAACGCCUGCAAAUGUAGUGCAAAAAAAUGUUUUUUUUUUUGUUUUUUUUAUAUGAUCAAAUUGCAAUUUAAAGACUCCAGUCAUUGAAGGUAAAACUAUCGCUGUGGUCAAUAAAACACAAAUGCUCUUUUCAUUUUUAUUGGAUAUAUAUAUAUAUAUUUUUUUUUUGAUAACCACGUGUCGCUUAUUUAAAAGGUUUCUAAUCCACCUUAGCUAAUAAUACUAGAACAACCUACUUCUCCCCCCUUUUUAACUGUGUGGAAAUUGUAUAAAGAAUAAAUGUGUAUAUGAUAUCUGAGUUUUAUUUAUUGAAGGACCAAAGGAAUUUCAUAUUGACCUACAUAGAUAAAUAACAAUUUGAAAUGCAAUUACUGCAACUAUCUAAUGUUUGAGUUGAAUAAAUAAAGACUAAUAUAAUCCACGUAAAUGGUGUCCUCCUUCUUCCCUCACCGUCACGCGCCGCAUGUUACGUGAGGCCAGAGGGCACGAUUUACUUUGAUAAUCAUAUUUCUCUUUUUUGUUGUUUUUCCUGUGGAUGAAAUGUAAUCGCUAGGGGUGUAACGGUACACAAACAUUUCGGUUCGGUACAUACCUCAGGAUUAAAGGUCACGGUUCGUUUUUUUUUGAUUGAUUGAUACUUUUAUUAGUAGAUUGCACAGUUCAGUACAUAUUCCGUACAAUUGACCACUAAAUGGUAACACCCGAAUAAGUUUUUCAACUUUUUUUAGUCGGGGUCCACGUUAAUCAAUUCAUCGGUUCAUUUUCGGUACAGUAAGAAAACAACAAAAUAUACAUGUUUUGGUUAUUUAUUUACCAAAUUUGUAAACAAUGGCUUUAUCCUUUUAACAUUGGGAACACUAUAAUAAUUCUGCCCAUGUUAAUCAACAUUUAAGUGCCUCAAAUUGUUGCUCAGAUUAAAUAAAAUGACAAAACUUUUCUUCAACAUUAAACAGUUUCAAGUCAAUUCAACAUGGUUAAUUUAUCACAGCAUUUUGGAAGCCUGUAGUUUGUUUUUAUUAUGUAAAUGUUAUAUUUUUUUAUCAACAUAUGAUUGCAGGGACCCUGCCAUUCAAAGCUUUUCUGUCCGUAAAACACACACACACACGCCGCAAAAUGAGCUAACGUUACGCUAAAAGCUAAUUAACCUUCACCUCAAGCCAGAACUGCGAGCUAGCUGAGCUGCAGUUUAAGUUUCUAGAAGGUUGACUGGGAUGUGUUUAUUAUCAUUUGGGGAGAGUACGCUGCCUUAUGCUCACCUGCUAAACACCUAUGUGCUCGACGCUGAAGCAUUUACUACAUGCGCUCUGAAUACGCACUGCUGAUUGGCUGAUACCGCUAUAUAUGUAACCAAUCAGAUGGUUGUGUGGGUGGGACAAUGCUGGGUGCUGAGACAGAGGCAGAAGAAGCAAAGCAGCUUGUUAAGACUUUAGUUAGAAACUCGUUCGGUACACUCCUGUACCGAAACAGUUCAAUACAAAUACACGUACCGUUACACCCCUAGUAAUCACGUACUUUGAGUACAAAUAUGCUAUCAGUGUUGGAGGCGGGGGGAGAGGGUCAAGCGAUGACUUUUUACACCCAUAAAGCACCCAGUUUUGUAUCGAAAGUGGUCCCCAGAAGCCAUGUUUUUCUUUCACCUGCCUUAUCUGCAACUUGCAAGUGAAAGGGGUCUGUGUUCCAUUACUGACAAAAUUUGCGGAGUAUCUAACGUGUACAUAGUUUGAAAACAAACACUAUCAAACUGCACCGAAGCUUCGAAGUCUUUUUUUUUUUUUUGUUGGUUCGUUUUGUUCCCCGUUUUUAUUUCCUUUUCCGCGCAAGCAGUUCUGUUCUUGUGUGCGACCAGUAACCUUAAUUUACUGUGUAAAGAUGGUUACAUUUUUUUAGCUUGUUUUUGUCAAAGACCCAAAUAUAGAUUGCUUGUUUACCGACUGUAUAUCUUUAACCGUGAAUUUACAACUCCGUGUAUUAUACGAAUAAUUCUUCCUAUGAGAUGUCUUGUACUACGCUUUUAAGGCUUAUUGUUCCGUUGCAAAAAAACAAAAAAAAUUAAAUAAAAA